AUCAACGAGGAGACUCGACUGGUGCUUUUGAUGACGAAGCUCGUCAAGAGCUCGGCGAGCAACGGCCCUUUAUUCGUUCGUCGAGUUUCCGUCCUUCUCGACGUCACAAUGGCCGCGGCUCUCGAUCCCGCUCUCAGCCUCUCUGGAAGCUAGGUCUCUUCUUCUUCAUUGUCACAGUCUCUGUCCUGGCGCUAGCCGCCGUCCCCUUCAGCCUUCAGUCGCUUUCCAGAGAAUCUCCGCCAGAUUCAACACAUGAGGGAGUUGACGACGAUGACCACUCUCCGGGAGAGCAUCCUGCUGAAGAUGAGACUGAUCACCAUGAGGCCGAGUCUGAGCCUGCUGCAGGAGAUGGCGGCGAAAGUAGCUCAGGGCCACUGAUUGUCCACUAUAAAGAAGAGAUACCAAGUAUCCCAAAGCUAAGAGAUGUCUCGGAAUACGUCUUAUCCCCUUCUUGGGACUUUGGCGCUGCUCCUACCACCAGAGAGUAUCAUUGGACAAUUGUAGAUGGACGCCUGAAUCCUGAUGGAGUCUAUCGCCCAAUGAUACUCAUCAACAACCAGUUCCCCGGCCCUCUGGUUGAAUGCAACGAGGGCGACACUAUUCGAGUCAUUGUGGAGAAUAAAGCCAUCAAUGCUACUUCGAUGCACUUUCAUGGUCUCUUCCAAAAUGGCACCAACUCCAUGGAUGGCGCCGUUGGCAUCACGCAAUGUCCUAUUGCCCCCAAUUCAACCUUCACUUAUGAAUUCAAGAUCCAGGAGCAGUCAGGCACGUACUGGUAUCACGCCCACCAUAGUGCCCAAGCAUCUGAUGGUCUCAUUGGGCCAGUUGUGAUUCACUCCAAAGAUGAGCGAACUGCUCUGCAGAAGCUGGAAUACGCUUCGGACAGAAUCAUCAUGGUUCAAGACCAUUACCACAACCUCACUUCGGAGCUCUUGAUGGAUUAUCUGAAGCCUGACAUGGAGAAUAAUGAGCCUGUUCCAGACAACGGUCUCAUUAACGGCCGCGGCGUGCGUGAUUGCAAAGAUUUCAAUGGCUGGGAUUGCGAUACCUCUAAUGUCUCGACCCCAACUCUUGACCUUGCUGCUGGCCAACGCCACCGACUGCGCAUCAUCAAUGUCGGUGCCUUUGCUGAGUUCCAAAUCCAGUUCGAUGAACACCCCUUCUACGUCACUGAGGUCGAUGGCACCGACGUGUUUCCCGAGCCGUUCCAUCGUCUCAACAUCCUCCCAGCCCAGCGGUACAGCGUUAUCCUGGAAACCAAUGUCACCACUACCGAUGCCUUUUGGAUGAGAGCCCGAAUGGUCACUCACUGCUUUACUACUAAGAACUCCCGUCUGCAGCCCGAGAUUCGGGCUGUGAUCCGUUAUGAUUCACCCGAAAGUAAAGCCAUGGACAAGGAGCCUACCAAGGAGCCUACCAGCAAGGACUGGCCUGAAGCCAUCGAGGUUAUAUGUCGCGAUCUCAAUGUCUCUGCCUUGCAUCCAGUCAUUGCCAUGAAUCCGCCGGCGGCAGACAAGUACAUGCGCUUCGACGCAAGUUUCAUGAUCGGUGACUGGCGUCUUGCACGCGGCUUUUUCAACCAAUCGACCUGGCAUCACAACGUCACCCGUCCAUCUCUCCACCGCUUCCUCGACGCAUCUGCCAACGCCACCACUCUCAAGUCACCCAUUGCCGUCAACAACAUGGCUUUCGACUACCAGAAGGAGCUCGUCAUCCAAACACAGGGCAUCCGCACUAUUGACUUUGCCAUCAACAACUUCGAUGACGGCAACCACCCGUUCCAUCUCCACGGGCAUAAAUUCUUCGUCCUCUACCAGGGCCGUGGCGGGUACCCCCCCGCAGCGGAAGACUUCCCGGGUUUCGUCAAGGAACACAAUCUGGACAACAACCCCGUCCGGCGCGACACUGUUACGGUAGAAGGCUACAGCUGGGCAGUUAUCCGCCUUGUGCUUGACAACCCUGGCAUGUGGGCAUUCCACUGCCACAACAUGUGGCAUGCCGAGUCGGGUAUGCUGAUGCAGCUGCUUGUAAGGAGUGACGUGGUCCGAGGAUGGACUGUUAGUGAUCAAGAGAGAGCCAUAUGUGAGCUCGAGGGCGUCGCGACGGGUAUGAGACCAGAUGAUAGCAUCUGGUUCGGCAACUUUGGCGAUAAAUGACGGUCUGUUUAGAGGAGUUUAAAAGAAGGGUCCACGAGGAUAUAAACAAGGCAAUAGAUUACGCCGCGAUGAGAAGCGAUACCAUACACUAAUCACAUAUAUAUAAUGUACCAGAUCUAUUUAUGUAUACCUAGGAAGUCCCAACUUGGGUAUU